AUGGCACGAUUCUUGUUGCCACCUCCAGAGAGUGUGAACUGGGGAAGCCCAAAAUGGGACAUCAUGGAGUUUCAUUUCAGAGGGGACCCGGACAAAUGUGACCAUUACGGCAACACUUCCCUCCACUGUGCUGCCGGCAACGGCCACAUCGACUGCGUAUCCUUUCUGGUCAACUUUGGAGUCAAUUUGUGGGCUCUGGACAACGAUUUCCACACCGCCAAAGAUGUUGCUGUGCUUAAUCACAAAAAUGACGUUCUCAGGUUGCUAGAUCAAGCGCAAUCGAAACACGCUCUUGUCAACAAGAAAUUGGUCCAAAGGUUAAAGGAGAAGAGUGUAUAUGAUGCAGAGAAAAGGAUUAAAAACUACAAAAAGCUGCAAAUGAAAGCGGCAAAGCGAGCUGAGAAAGAGGAAAAGGAGAGACAGUCCGACGUUCAGAGACUGAUGUUGCCUUCUUUCAGGAAAGAUUCCAGGUUUCUCUAUGCGCCAAAGUUCUCCGAUAUAGUCAGUGUAGGAGAGAAGAAAGACCAUGGUGCUGUUGCCAAGAAAGCUGCCGUGGGAAAAAAGAAGAAAAAUGUGGUUUUCAGACCAGGAGACAUCAUUGGCCGGGAUGAUGAACUGGACUCUACAGCCGAAUGCCAUUCCCAACUUAAGCCAUUUUUGAAAAGGAAUGAAAUAAUCCACAGAAACCAUUUAUAUUCCGUUAAGGAAAGCGACGAUGGAACAUCCUCACCUGAUAAUCCCAGUCGACAAACGUCUGAUACUCAUUCCAGCGAUGACGCCAACAGUGACUUCUUGCAGACUGCCGAUUCGGGAAUAGGAGAGGAGUUACAAGACACAGGUUCCCCUCAUGCUAGUAUUUUCGAUAGGCCUGGUUUCGGUACAGUUACCUUCCGUAACGCUAUUAUCAACCUCACCACUCUCACCAACAGUAAUAACACACAUGAGAACUUUGAAAAGAACCGUGGCGAGCUAUCAUGUCGAAACUCAAAGAGCGAGUUUUCUACACUCAAUGACAGCAUAGGCAGUGCAAGCAGUUUGGUGCGUCGGCAUAUAACGUGGGAAGACGAGUGCGAGGCUGACGAUUACGACGAUGCUGAUGAUGACGCUACCGAUGAUGAUGUUACAGAUGAAGAGGAUUGUGAUGCUACCGAGCCCUUGUCCCUCUUCCUCACUUCUAUUGGUCUGAGCGAAUACAUGCCUUUGUUUCAGACCGAAAGAAUUGAUCUUGAAUCAUUGUCCCUGCUUUCUGAAGAAGAUUUGAAAGCCUUGGGCAUGCCCUUAGGCCCAAGGAGGAAAUUAGGAAAGGCCCUCCAGCAACGAAUCAAAAUAUUGGAAGAACCCGGAAUAGUGCAAGAUAGUCGCUUAUAAUGAAUUUAUGAAAUUUUCGAAAGGACUUUUCAGAUACAUUACAGUACAUAAAAAUACGUUGUAAUACAUAUUUAAAAUACUGGUGUCCUUCAGGCUAGGUGCCUGUAAUGAAUUCACAGCCAGUUUUAUACGAGAUGAAAGAUGCAAUAAUAUAUUACAAUGAAAUUGAACUUUUUUAUGCUGAAAGGCUAGAAUAAAAGAACUUGUGUUGCUCAAAGUAUUUAUAAUAUAAUCAUAGAGUAUUUUGUAGGCAUACGACAUUUUGACUAUUUGUUGUUAAGACACUAUUGAAUUUUGAAGUUAUACAUUUUGCAGUAAUAUUAUUAUUUAAAUAAUGCUGGAUGUUCAUUAAUUUAAGGCAGUUGACGUGCUCUUAAACAGACUGUCCCAUAUUUGCGGUGUCCAAAUAUGUCCCAUAUUUGCGGUGUAGUUUAUGCAGCUUUGAUUCUUGGUAACAGAUCUCAGAUGGAACAAAAUGUCUAUAUUUUCUGACACAUGUGUUGAUGUCUUCAUAUUUACCUCCACGUUUUCGCAAUCAUAUUAAUCCUCUCGUUCAGAAAUUCGAAAAUCUUUCGGUCGUAAGGAUUGACCUUCACUCUUCAUAGAGAAUUUGUAAAUAUGAAUUCUUCAUACAGAAUUUUAAAUACGAAUUGGUAAUUGUCAAGUCAACAAAAUGCCAAAAGUAUACGAAGUCACUAACGUUAAGAAAAUAAUUUGCUGACCACUGCACGUGCGAUAUUGAAAUGUUAUUUUGCACAAAAUGCUCAAAAAGCAACGUUAUGGCACCCUACAAGUAUUAUCACAUCAAGAAAAUACGGCUAUUAAUGAAAUGCUGUAUCUUAUCCUGAAAUUUUCACUACAUGCCGAAAGAGAGUGCCAUAUGCUACCUAUUUAUGCCUGCAUUUGCAGAAGAAAAUUACUGGCUUGUAUACUACAGAAUUUUGAACACGUAAUUUUAAUGUUAGACCACUGAGGGCAAAAGGGCUAAUAUACAUUAAUUAAAUUUAUUAAUACCAGCAUCCGAUUAGUAAUUGUUUUGCUAAAUCGCUUUGCUUGAGGUGUCCGAGUCGUCGUUAAUGUCGUUCGUGUUCACUUCGUGGACAUAUCAUCUUCAGUUCAGUUCAAAUCAUCACUCAGCAAAAGCAAUAAUUUUUUAUUUAAAGCUAACAAAAUAUGCAAUCUUUUCCCUCUCCCAUCCAGGCAGGUAAUGAAUUACAAUAGAAGAAAUAAAGUCAGGGCGCUACUGAGAAGGGUUACUUGAGAAUAGUUGUGUACUUAAAUAUAUAGCUGCGUAAAAUUCUACGAGUAAUGAACACAUCCAGAAGUUGGAAGAAUUGAGAAAGUGAGAAAGAAAAGCUAUUAGGCCCAAAGUGCUUGUUUUUUCCCUUCAGUGCUGUCAGUCUUAUUUUGUGAUUAGAAGCUGAAGGUGAAAUGGGACUUACUUUCAGCUCGUUUGAUAAAUCUAAUUAAGUUGGAUGAUCAAUUGUACAUAAUUUUAGAGAUUAUAUGAAGCUGGAAUCUCAAGGCGAUUACAAGUUUUCAUUUUCGGCUGAAUUUGUUUCAGCGAAAUCUUGCUUUCAUCAUCUACACGUAUCGAUGUAUACGCGGAAACAUGCAGUAAUUUUACUCCUUUUUACUUAAUUACCAGUUAUAGCAUAAAAUAAUCAUAUUUUUAUAUUACAUUUUUGUAUAAGUUUAAGUUUUAUUUUUUUAUUUAUUUGUGAUAUAUUUUUAAAUAAAUAAAAAAAUAAAACUUAAACUUAUAUAGAAUAUAUUAUAAAACUUAUAUAGAAUUAUAUAUUAUAUAUAUAAAACUAUAUAUAAACUUAUAUAGAAUUAUAUAUUAGUAGAAAUUUUGCAAGAUGUUUUCGGAUUCAUGACUUAAUAGUAGAGCUGACAGAAUUAAAAUAUUUCAAUAAGGUCCUUUUGUACCAAAAUCUGUAAUAUUAAGUAUAUUUUUGUUACUUACGUAUUAUCCCAUCAACUGUGAAAGUUGGCUAUUAUCAAACCAUGAUAUUUUGCGGAGAUCUUGUCAAAGCUGCGUCAAUUGUUUCUGAGGAAUUCUGAAGGAACAAACGCCUCUUUAUUUAAUAACAAUCAAUAACCGAUCCACUUCGUUUUUGCGCUUCUUAAAAAGAUUUUCAUCAAUUUCUACUAUUUUGUUAGGCUCUCUGGUUUCUCCAGAAGCUAAGUAAUAACUUCUGUUUUUACCAGAAGCUGUGAGUACAAACUUCUCGCAGAUAAUUGCUCUAAUCUAUUACUGUUUCGUCGGCCAAAUUCGUCUGACCUCACAGUCUCAAUUAAUACACUUUUUUUAGGGUAGGAUCCCGUAACUUUCAUUGUCUGCGUUCUAUAGAAUUAAGGUUCCAAAUUUUAAUAUAUUUUUAUUUCAAAAUGUAAAGAAAAAAACAGCAAUAACAGUAAAUCUAUAUCUUCCAUUCGUAAAAACCAAACGUGGCUUAUUAAAUGGUGCUAAAUCGCUCUACAUGGCAACAGUUUUACAGUCGAUGGGAUAAUAUGUUAGUACCAUAUUUCUUUAACCAAUUUUAGAACUACCUUUCAUUCUCCCUGUCAAUUCAGCAAUUUGUACAGUGUAGUUGAGAAACAUGGUGGCAUUGCAUUAUCGUAAUUUAUUCAUAUAAAUGAGUUGUACAAGCAAAAUACUGAAAUUGUUUUAGAAAAAUUAAUUAGAUACAUGAUAUACAUUGUUAACUUAUAAUUUAAGCAGUUAUUUUCAGCUACAUCAAAUUACUUUCGUAAUGAAAUAAGGCCGAAAUAAUCUUUCAAAAUUGCUUGACAAGCAUUCAAAGAAUACCGGAACUUGUUCAAAAAUACCCUAACUACUAAGUGAUGUCGCUAUGCACGAAGUUCCUGACUUUUCGAUGUCUUUGUUGCUAAUUAGUUCAACUAGAUGAUCUACCACAGUGGUCUCAUACUGGCAUCCGCCGAAGCAAUUUUAUGCGGUCCGCGAAGACAUUUUAAUUAUGUAUUUGUUGCAAAUACGUUGUUGAAAGAUUUCAAAAUUUUAGUUAUUGGAAGUCCAAGUUAUAUUAUUUACAUUUCAAUUGAAA